GAGCUGGCACUGGACCCCUGGUAUAAAGGGCCUGGGUCCAGAGCCAGGCUGGGCACUGUCAGCAGCUCCCAGCGGCAGCCACAGGACCCCAGGCACCCCCACCUCAGCCGACAGUGAUCCAGCAACCAUGUCCAUCCAGAAGAUCCUUGCCCGUGAGAUCCUCGACUCUCGGGGGAAUCCUACGGUGGAGGUCGAUUUGCACACUGGCAAAGGCCGCUUCCGGGCAGCCGUGCCCAGUGGCGCCUCCACCGGCAUCUAUGAGGCCCUGGAACUCCGGGAUGGAGACAAGGCCCGCUACCUGGGCAAAGGGGUGUUGAAAGCCGUGGAGCACAUCAACAAGACCAUCGCCCCAGCCCUGAUUGAGAAGAAAAUCAGUGUCGUUGAGCAGGAGAAGAUUGACAAAAUCAUGAUUGACUUGGACGGGACAGAGAACAAGUCCAAGUUUGGGGCCAAUGCCAUCCUGGGGGUCUCCCUGGCUGUUUGUAAGGCUGGUGCGGCCGAGAAGGGGGUCCCCCUCUAUCGCCACAUUGCUGACCUGGCCGGGAAUAAGGAGCUCAUCCUGCCUGUCCCUGCCUUCAACGUGAUCAAUGGGGGCUCCCACGCUGGGAAUAAGCUGGCAAUGCAGGAGUUCAUGAUCUUGCCCGUGGGGGCCACCAACUUCAAGGAGGCCAUGCGGAUUGGGGCCGAGGUCUACCACAACCUGAAAGCUGUCAUCAACAGCAAGUACGGGAAGGACGCCACCAACGUGGGAGACGAGGGCGGCUUUGCUCCCAACAUCCUGGAGAACAACGAAGCCCUGGAGCUACUGAAGACCGCCAUUGCGAAGGCUGGCUACCCAGACAAGGUGGUCAUUGGCAUGGAUGUGGCAGCCUCUGAGUUCUUCCGGAAGGGCAAAUAUGACCUGGACUUCAAGUCCCCCGACGACCCAAACCGCUACAUCUCUGGGGAGAAGCUGGGGGAGCUUUACCAGAGCUUCAUCAAGAACUAUCCUGUUGUUUCCAUUGAGGACCCCUUUGACCAGGACGACUGGGAAACAUGGAAGAAGUUCCUGACCCAGGUGCAGAUUCAGAUUGUGGGAGACGACCUGACAGUCACCAACCCCAAGCGCAUCCAGAAGGCCGUGGAGCAGAAGGCCUGCAACUGCCUCCUCCUCAAGGUCAACCAGAUUGGCUCUGUCACAGAGUCCAUCCAGGCCUGCAAACUGGCCCAGAGCAACGGCUGGGGGGUCAUGGUGAGCCACCGCUCCGGGGAGACAGAGGACACCUUCAUCGCUGACCUGGUGGUGGGGCUCUGCACAGGACAGAUCAAAACCGGAGCCCCUUGCCGGUCGGAGCGUCUGGCCAAGUACAACCAGCUGAUGAGGAUUGAGGAAGAGCUGGGGAAUAACGCCCAAUUCGCUGGGCGCAAAUUCCGGAACCCUCUGGCCAAGUAAGACCCAGGCUCCGGCCUCCAAAGGAAGGAGGAGAUACUGAUCACCCAACCUUCUUCCUGCCUUGCACCCCCAAGAACAGCUCUGGGGGCCAUCCGAAUCUCACCCUCGCUCAGGCUGUUAUGGAAACAUACUCACUGCACACCUGUGGAGCCUCUCCAAAUGCCAUCUAGGGGGGCUGAAUAAAAAGGCAGCUGCACCAGAA